AUUGUUUUAGAUUCAUUUGGUUUUUUAAUCCUUUUAAAUUAUUUUCUUAUAAUUUUAAACUAUAUCAUUAUUUUGUACGCAUAAGAAACUCGAGGUUUUUUAAUUAUGGUAAACUGCUGGGCACCCCAAUGUUCACACAAUUCUGUAAAAGAAUCGUGUUCUUUUUUUCGUUUUCCUACAGAUGGUACAAUACGAAAUUCUUGGACGAAUUUAGUUAGGAGGGCAGAUUCUAUUCCCUCAAAUAAUAGUCGACUGUAUAGUUGUCAUUUUAAAGAUGGUUUGAAAGAAAACGSUCCGUCUAUUUUUACUUGGAAUGAAAACAAAAUUAUGCAUUUUAUUUCCCCCCAAAACGUAAAAGGUUUUGCAGUACUAGAUAUAAGUAAGUUAUUGAUGUACGAGUAUCAUGAUGGUACUAUGAAGAGUCAUUUUAGAGAUAAAAUAAWCCUCAUGUAUACAGAUAUAGAUUCAUUGAUUUAUUAAUUUAUUAUAUUAAGAAUGAUGACUUUUAUAAACUUUGAAGAGCAACGCUAACUUACUGGACUGUAUGGAUACUUCAGACUUACCUAGAGAUCACUCCUGCUAUACAGCUGAAUGAUUCCAAGGUUGUUUUUCAAUGARAUAAAAGGACUAGCAAUUGCUGAGUUUAUUACCCUUUGAGAAAAUUCAUAUGCUUACAUUUUGAACAACAAGGAGAAAUUAAAGCAAAGGGGAAGAGACGUGUAGUUAAAAAUCAUAAGACUUUAAAAGAUGAUUUAGAUUGCCUUUUCUCCAACGACAAAAAAGAUAACUCUAAACUACCUAUAUAUUAGGKAAAAUGUAGCCAUCAGAUCAUUCAACCAUAGGAUACAAACAACUAUCAAAUCCAAAAAAUUAUGCUCCAACCAACAAGAUGAUAAAAAUGUAUCCACUUCUUAUCGUACAAACUGAUAGAAUAUAAGCUAGUGUACAUUUAAAUUUGAUUGUUAAUUAUUGUAAUGAAAAAAAAACUAUAAACAUUAUAAUAAAUUUUAUAAAU